GUAGGAGGGCAAUCCCAGCUUUUAACACAGCGCGAGGGCCUCAAGUAGGCAGUCUGAACCUCUACGCUCUUGAACCUUACUGUUUUCGUCGGCAUUUGUUUUCGUCUUGCCCACACCGGCACUCGCAAUCCGACAGCCAGUUUGCUUUGUUGUCGUACGACAGAUAGAAAAACAAGAUUUCGGGGAGGUGUUUGGUAAUACCUGGAUAUCAUGACUUCGGGGACUGAAGCGCAACAAGUGCACUAAGAAUUUGUUGCGUCACCUAUUGUGAUCAGCCAAGGUUAGAUACUUAUUUAUUUUCCUAACGUUUUAUAAAACAGCAAUAGGUCCAAUAGUUGCCAUCGCUGUGUUGUGUUAUUUUGAGUCGCUGCUUCGUUUCCUUGUAUCCCACAGACUAUGCAGGGUAACCUAUGAUCCACAGUUAAUACUUAUCCCAACUCUGUGCGUGUGAGUCGACAACAGCAGUCAGGUGAGACCUCACACCUGAGACAAAAAAUAUGGGACCAAAACAGAGUAUUCCCGCCACCAGCGGGCGAGUCAGAGCUUAUUCCGGCUCGGAUGUCCCUUCGUCCACUUCUAGUAACGGGGCAGGUAGGACUGCUGGGUUGAGAGGUACAGCGGCGAUUUCGCAAAUGGGACAAAGGACCAGAUACACCCAAGGUACCAGACCGAGUUCACUUCACCAAGCAGCGGUUAAUAUACCAAACAGCGGUGGGAAUCGAAGUAGCAGCGAUGACACCGAUGGAGAGACAGAUCUACCCGGCAGAAGCCCCCGGCUCCUAUUUGGAUCCUUACCAGCCCACCUCUCACCUCACUUACUUGGAGGGUUUCACUGCCCCUUGUGUUCCAAGUUUGUCUCAUCUGAUGAGAUGGAUGUGCACCUCGUCAUGUGUCUCACCAAGCCCAGGCUCUCCUAUAACGAGGACGUCCUCGCAAAGGAUUCUGGGGAGUGUGCAAUAUGCUUGGAUGACAUGGAGCAGGGGCACACUAUUGGCCGACUACCUUGCCUAUGCAUUUAUCAUAAAAGCUGCAUAGAUGAGUGGUUUGAGGUGAACCGAUCAUGUCCAGAACACCCGUCUGAUUAAGACACACAGCAUAUAGAGAGAAUAAUCUUCAGAAACACCUGGCAGCAACAACGAGCACUGGGAUUCUACGGCUCCCUCUAGCCACCGCGAGGCACAUCAACGCCAAAACAGAAGGCUUUUGGUGCUCCGAGGACUCCACACAGUGCCAAAAAUAUAACAUCUUCUAGUAAAGCAAAUCCUUAGGGAUUUCACCUUGUUGGUUUUGCACUCUUAAACCGGAUCCCAUUCCACAAACACAAGAGGAAAGCUGGAGAUUCACUGACCAGUGUCCUGGUUGGUUUGAGCUCGAUGUGACCUCUGCAUUAACACCAAAUAUCAGGGCUGACUCACCAGUAAGGGUAGAGGACCUGUUUAGUUUAAAGAGUGUUACGAAUUAAUUAAUGUAUCAAACUGCGUUGCCCAGAGAUAUCCCCAUUUAUGCAUGAAGGGUUCAGACACACAAGGGUUGAUUUCAGGGAAAGAUGUACAUAUUUUGAUCAGAUAUUAAUGUUAUUUUAUCCUUGCAAAUGACUGUUGCCAACUGAAAAUGGUGUAGUUGUAGUAGUUUAUUUGAACUAGAAUCUCAACUAGUAGCAGAUUACCAAAAAGCUAGGAAGUCCGUUUUGCAAACUGCUUCUGGCGCUAGGUGUGACUAUGGCAUUGUCUUCCAUCUGUGUGGGAAUGUAACUUCAUCUCUGAUAGAAGAGUUAGUCAGUGGUGUCGUCAGUGACUACAGUGACAGCAACACACAUCCUCACAGACAACUGCCUCUCCAGACAAGAUAGGCCAUCCUAACCUAGUAAUGUGGUACUGUUAUGAAUCAAGUGCCAUUCUUUUGUGUGAAAUAUGCUGCUGUAUACGUACAUAUAUGUUGUGCGUGCGUGUGUGUGUGUGUGUGUGUGUGUAUGUGUGUGUAUGUGUCAGAUAUGUCAUGAAUGAGAUCAACCAAAGAAGAACACCACUUUCCUUUGUGCUUAGUCAUUUAAUCAAAAAAAGACCACUGCAGAUUACAUUGUUUUAUAAAUUAAUAACAAAGAUAUGUACACCUGCAGGAAAAUCACUGAACACUUUAAUAACAGGUGAUGUAAUGACUGAUGCAUUUAAAUGUCCUAGUAUGGAUCAGUCUACCACUAUAUCAAUUUACCAAAUACCAUUAAUUUGCUAUGAUAUAGUUUUAUCUGUGUCUUUUAUUCUGAUAAAGCACAGGUGGUCUGCAUGAAUAGAUAAUAAUUACAUUAUUAGGGAUAAAAACAAGCAAUUAUGACAGUGCUCUAAAAGGAUUAGGAGUGGUGUUAAUUCUCCUAUGUGAGCUCCUACUGGAGUUAUUUUUUCCUGUACAACUUGACACCGAUGAUUGUAAAAAAUAAACUUUAGCUGUACAAGAA